AUGUCGAACGGUGGUCUCCUCGGCGGUCUCUUGGGCGGUGUUGACAACGUCCUGACCGGAGGCGAGUCAGCAAACAACCAGGGUGGUCUCCUCGGUGGUGUCACCGGUGCCGUCGGCAAAACCACACAAGGUCUCGGCAACGGACUGAACGCGACCGGCCAAGGCCUCGGCAGCGCCGUCGGGGGAGUGACCCAGGGAGUUGGCGGUGCUGUCGGCCAGGUCGGUAGCGGCGUCGGCAGUGCCGUCUCGGGCGCUACUGGCGGCAACCAGCAGCAAGGAUUCAAGAAGUAUGGAAUCUAA